CGGAUCUGUUUCCCUGGAGUUGGGUGGCACCUCGGAUUCGGAUGAACCCGCGGCGGAGCAGCAGCCCGGGGGCGGCGGUCCGCAGCACGAGGAGCUCCGGAUCAACUGCCCGCAGGGUCUCAAGGAGCACAUUGUGCGCUUCCUGGACGCCCAGUCCCAACGCGACCCCGCAGCCAUGCCCACGUGGCAACUCACUCCGCAGCGGCCGCAGCGCCCAGGCGCCCCAGACCACCACUCCCACCACCCCCACGGCCUCACCAGCUGCUUACCGGCACUCCCGCAGCCGCACUCCCAGCCCCCAUUCGCCGCGGCUGCGUCCACCUCCGCCGCGGCGGCGGAAGCGGGUUACUCUGGAGGGGGCAAGGUAUCCGGGCACGAGCUCAUUUCCC